GGUGCAUGCGCAUGUCACAAAUGCAAAAGAGACACGUGUCUCCCUCUAUUAUUUGUCGUUUUCACCUGACAACUCAGUUCUUCUUCCCUCUUUGUUGUCUUCUCUGCCCCCAUAAAGAUCCAAAAUUCCUUAAAUGCUAAAACCCAAAGAGUGAGAGAGAGAGAGAGAAAGAGAUUUACAAAGGAGUAUAAACCCUAAAAAAGUGCUUUUGAAAUCCAGAAAUCUUCUCUCCGCCACUGAAUAAUCAUGGUUGUUCCUCUUAGUUCUGUCCCUCCAUCUCGCAAUGGGUUUUACGCAAUCAACAACCAGUUUCUGGCGAAUGGGCCAAAAGGGUUCACGGAGUUCAAGAUGCUUGAGAACGAGGACAUGUACAUUCGCAUGGACUUUCCCGGUGUUCCGGAAAAAGGCGUGAGGGUUAUGGUUGAUCCGACGAAGAAAGCUGUGUCUAUCUGCGCCGACGCACCAAUGGAGCACGAACACGACUCAUCUCAUCGGAACUACGGCUCCACUACAGGGCUCGCCUGCAAAUGCUGCGAAAUCUCCGCCGUCUUCGCCCACAUGUCCGACGGUGUUCUCAGGCUUCUUCUCACCAAGAAACAUAGCACUAAGCAAAUCCCUUCCUGCAUCUCGUUUCUUGCUAGCCCAGAUUCCGAAGAAGGUCGCUAUGGCACGGGUCCUCAAAAAUUUCCCCAUGGCACGGAUCCUCAUGAGCCGGCGUUAACGGGUCGGGUAUUGCAGCCACACCCAUGCGUGAACCAAGGACCGGAUUUGGCUUACGAGUCAAAGCAGCUCGAAAACGGCAGCCUCUACGUGCGUGUGGACAUGCCAGGCGUUCCCAAAGACAGGUUCACUGUCUCCGGUACGAAUGGGAUAGUGAUGGUGACUGGUGAAGCUCCUGCGGUUAGCCACGACUCUGGUGGUCGAUUCUACUCUGGUGACGUGGCUAUGCUAGCCUCUCCUAUCGACAUUCCCAGCCAUCGGAUCAAAACCAUCGCCAAGAACGGUGUGAUUCGUUUGAUCAUCCCUCCCUUUUAGUUUGGUGAUAAAAUGAUUUGAAAAACAAUGUUUAGGUUUCUUAAUAUCAUCUUGUGGACUUCUUGAUUGUGUCUUUUUUGUGUUGUUAUCGACUUUGGAUGUGUUCCAAUUCCAAAAGGACACGUAACUUAUUUUGUCUAAUAUUUAGGGGAGGUUUUCAGACUAUUAA